CUAGUUUACCUUCUCCUCUUGGAAGUUAACGAUUGGCGAGAUCUUGGCUGCGUUAUUGACACAACACUUUCUAUUGAUAGAAAUAAGUAGUGAUUGUCCCCGAGUCAUUGGUGCGCCAAGAACUCUGCGAUGGGCUGGCAGGAGUCCAUUGGGCUGGGCAGGCAGGUUCGGCUGGUGAUGCUGGGGAGGAGGAGGAGGAGGAGGCUACUGGUGGUGAUGGUGCCCGUCCCCCUCUCCGCAGGUCUGUGACAAGCAGGGAACAAGGCAACGGACGGCGCAGCCAGCCCCGGCUGACGGACGCUGGCGACUCAGACAUGGACAGUAGCUGCCACAACGCGACUACCAAAAUGUUAGCGACUGCUCCAGCUCCGGGCAACAUGAUGAGCACGUCCAAACCCUUGGCUUUCUCCAUUGAACGAAUCAUGGCGCGCACCCCCGAGCCCAAGGCCCUGCCAGUCCCCCACUUCCUGCAGGGAGCCUUACCCAAGGGGGAACCCAAGCACUCUCUGCAUCUCAACUCGUCGAUCCCUUGCAUGAUCCCCUUCGUGCCUGUGGCGUACGACACGAGCCCCAAGGCAGGAGUGACGAGUUCCGAGCCGCGGAAGGCCAGUCUGGAGGCCCCGGCUGCGCCUGCGGCGGUGCCCUCGGGGCCGGCAUUCAGCUGCAGCGACCUGCUCAACUGCGCACUGAGUCUCAAGGGCGACCUGGCCCGCGACGCGCUGCCGCUUCAGCAGUACAAGCUGCCAAAAACGUAUUUAGCCGAAAGGAAUAAACUGGUGGUCCCGGCGGUGGAGAAAUACCCUUCUGGAGUAGCGUUCAAAGACCUGUCCCAGGCUCAGCUGCAGCAUUACAUGAAAGAAAGCGCCCAGCUUCUGUCGGAAAAAAUCGCGUUCAAAACCUCGGACUUCAGCCGAGGCUCUCCUAACGCCAAGCCCAAAGUUUUCACUUGCGAAGUGUGUGGAAAGGUCUUUAAUGCGCACUAUAACUUAACCCGUCACAUGCCAGUGCACACAGGAGCCAGACCCUUCGUUUGCAAAGUGUGCGGAAAAGGUUUCAGGCAAGCAAGCACCCUGUGCAGGCACAAGAUCAUUCACACGCAGGAAAAACCUCACAAAUGUAACCAGUGUGGCAAAGCAUUUAAUAGAAGUUCCACUUUAAACACUCAUACCCGAAUACACGCGGGCUACAAACCGUUUGUGUGUGAAUUCUGUGGCAAAGGGUUUCAUCAAAAAGGGAAUUACAAAAACCACAAGCUGACCCACAGCGGGGAGAAGCAGUUCAAGUGCAAUAUCUGCAACAAGGCUUUCCACCAGGUUUACAACCUCACUUUCCACAUGCACACCCACAACGACAAGAAGCCUUUCACCUGCCCCACGUGUGGCAAGGGUUUCUGCAGGAACUUUGACCUCAAGAAGCAUGUCCGCAAGCUGCACGACAGCAGCCUAGGGCUGGCCCGCACGCCAGCUGGCGAACCAGGCACUGAACCGCCGCCCCCGCUACAGCAGCCGCCGCCGGUGACGCUGCCUCCUCUGCAGUCGCCGCUGCCAACCCCCGGGCCCCUGCAGCCCGGGCUCCACCAGGGCCACCAGUGAUCGAGGCCAGGGUUCCUCCCAGCCUCCGCCGGGCCCCCACGCUGAGACAGCGGCAGACUAGAGCUCGUGGUCCGAGUUCCUCUGCAGACCCCGGCGCAUGUUGGGCCCCACACUUUAGGGCCAACCAGAAGCCUCUGCGUCCCUUGGCCUUUCGCCUCUUGCAUGCACCUGCUAAAUGGUUUUGUGUAUUAUAUUCUAUAUAGGCACUAACAAUUAUGAAAAACUUGGAGGGUUUUGUUUGUUUUCUGUUUUUCUUUUAAUUUGGAAAGACUUUUCAUCUUGGGUGAGGAGAUGGUGUUUGUUUUGUUUUGUUUUGUUUUGUUUAAACAAAUUUCUUCUAUAUUUAUUGAGAUCUGUAUUAUUCUACCCGGGAAUGCUGCAUCAUUUUAAUUUUAUUAUUGUAUAUAUUUCCAUUGUGUUGAUUCUCCCGUCUCAAGAUGUCUGCAGGAUGUUUAUCAUUUCCUCCUUUCCUGAAGUAACGAAACACUGUGUGUAUGUCAUCUAUACACACAUAGAUGUGUGCGCCCAUAGGGGUAUAUUCCACAUUCGUGAGCACACACACAUACACAUUAGAUAAGGGUGGUUCAUUAUGGAUGAUUUUGAAUUUUGUUUUGAUUAUUGCACGUGAAAAUUGAUUCAUUGACUGUUGGAAAUAAAUACUUGGAACAUGCUUAUUUAAUC